CGGUAAAUUACCACACAGUUAAAUUAUCAAUAGAGUUGUUCCAGUUCUAAACUGCGGCCAAUGUGAAUUCCUCGAAAGACGAAAUCGAUUUUUGGCUUGUCAGACCGAGGAGUUUCCCAUUCAAAAUAUCUGCCGACCUCACGCUUAUGGCGUAACUAGGGUGUGAUUGAUGUUUGUGCAUUGCCAGUCCUCUGCGUGAAACGAAAAAGAGGACUUCAUGAAAAACUUGAGUACGCCGGUACCGCGCAUAUAUCUACUGUAACAAGUUUUAAGCUAUCAUCUAAAAUGUUUAUUGUAGGUCUGACCGGCGGCAUUGCUACUGGCAAAUCGACAGUGGCUCAAGUUUUCGUUGAACAUGGUAUUCCUGUGAUAGAUGCUGAUGUCAUGGCACGAAAAGUCGUGGAGCCGGGAAGAAAAGCGUGGCACAAGAUUAAAGCAGUUUUUGGAAGUCAAGUCUUUCACCCAGAUGGCACACUUAAUCGUGAAGCUCUAGGUGAAGUCAUUUUUGAGAAUGUGGAAAAGAGGAGACAGUUGAAUGAAAUCACUCAUCCAGAAAUUCACAAGGAAAUGUUUUGGGCUGCAGUUAAAUGUUUAUUUCAAGGUCACCAGUUCAUUGUGCUGGACCUCCCACUGCUGUUCGAGGCUGGCACCAUGAUUGACUACCUGCACAAGAUUAUCGUCGUUACCUGUGAGGAAGACCUGCAGCUGCAGCGCCUGAUGGAGCGUGGACAGAUGUCGGAGGCACGGGCCAAGCGCCGCAUUGCUGCCCAGAUGCCGCUCGAGGACAAGUGCCGGCGUGCACACUUUGUCGUCGACAACUCCGGCUCCGAGAGGGACACCCGUGAAGAGGUGGUGCGCAUCAUAAACACGCUGCGCGCCUCGCGUGCUCACUGGCGGCUGCGCCUGUUGCUCGUCCUCGGGGCCACGGCAGGCGUCGCGGGCGCCGCCCUCGCCGCCUGGUGGUGGUGGUUCGCCGCGGGCACGGCGCACCGCGGAGCUCGCUCUGCCGGCCGGCCUGGUGUCCUGGAGCCGCUCAGGAGGUAGUGCGGAGCACAGUACGGGAGUUUGCCACGUCGGGAUGCGGCAGUCUGGAGGCACUCCGAUCGCUCCUUUCGAGAGGACUGACGGGGUGAAACGCCUCCCGCGUGCCGGCGAGAAGUGCCAUUCUGUGAGGUAGUUUGGACUUGUGCCGAUGUCUGCUGCAGAGUUUCGGGAGGUGUUUCUCGUAGUUGUACGGGUUUCGUUCUGUAAACCUUGCUAUUAGCGCGCG